CUUCAAUUCUCGCAUUUAAUGCAUACGUUUUAUACCCACUCCCUCUACUCCAUGGACCGAAAAUGGCGGGUGCACAUACUCGUCUAUUUAGGUGCUCUAGUUUGACAAUGUCGGUAGAGAAGAUCGAAUAAAAAUACUGGAGAUGGAACUCCUAGGGAUAUUGGUUUUAACGCUUCUUAUUCCUGUCUCACACCCGAACAAUGAAGAUUCUGGAUAUCGUGUUACUCCAUUCCAGAAUAGCAUCGGGGUGUAUUUUGAAUAUUUAACACCAAUGAAAAGAAUUACAGGCACCUGCAGAAUAGUUACUUUUCUGCAGUUGGAUAAGGUACACGAAGCAUUAAUCGGGUAUCAAAUUCGGUACAAGAACCUACCCAAAUUUUGUCAACCUUUGAUGGGCUAUGGAUGCGACAGCGCUAUUAAGGAAUAUCACGUGAAUGCCAAGUUCGAUACCGCUGAGAACUACCAAAAGCAAAUCAAAGAAGAAAUGUGUGACUUAAGCCAUAAUUUCAAGAAAGAAUACCCCCCGAGGUUAACCUCUGGAAUGAGAGUGAGGCGUACUGCACCGAUGUUGGGAUUCAUCGGAGGAAUUUUUGGACCCGUUGCGGGACUCUUGAAUUAUGAUGAUGGACAACGUAUCGAAGCAGAGAUCGACAACAUGAGCCAGGCUGCCUCCAACCUCACGCAUCUGAUGGGAAAACAGACGCAUAUUCUCAGGGCACAAAUGGAUAAGAUCCACUCCAGAAGCAAACAGCUGGAGAAAGAACAGGAGAUAAUGCGAGGAGAACUCACCCAGAUGCUAUACAAGACCAAACAAGCUGAUCAAGCCAUGUAUACCUUGAAUGUGGCGGAAAUGUUACAGAACAUGCUUCACUCCCUAGAGGUGGGAUUGAAUGAAUACAUAAGAUCUGCCACUGAAUUACUGGAUGUGAUCCACUAUGUAAGAGAUAGGAAACUAAAUCCGGCCCAUUUGACCUCCGACCAAUUAAAGCCAAUUUACAGAGAUGUGCAGGAUCAUGCAAGAGAUUGGGAAUUCCCUCUCCCUGGACCAAAGGUUAGCACUAAAGAUCUAGCAACCAUCGCCAAGGUUAUGGUAAUCUGUAAAAACGGAACAAUAAGGAUCCUGCUGGACAUCCCAUUGAUCGAGAGGACCGAAUUCUCUGUAUACCGGAUACAUCCGUUACCAGUGGAUCAGUCAAUACCCCUGAACAAAGCAAGUAGGGCCUGUGUGCAUUCGGAGCAUACCCAUAUUGCCAUGGAGAACUUACAAAGGACGUAUAUCCUAUUUUACCUAAACAAGAAGGAGUCAUGUAACGUGUUUUUUGACAAAUACAUUUUCUAUAUCAACUCGCCAAUCUAUGAAUCGGCUAGACGAUCAUCCUGCGAAAGUCAACUACUGAUUCAACCAACGAUAGAUGGUCUAAAGUUUUGUGACGCCAGGAUAACUCACAAAACAGUCUCAACGUGGAUUCACUUGGAGACCUUAGGAGCCUGGCUGUACUCCCUCGUGGCUGAAAUCAUCGCACUAGUGAAGUGUCCUGCACAAAAGGAUACCUCUAUACAACUAACCGGGACAAGGCUUAUGCCACUAGCUCCAGGAUGUGUAAUGAGAAUGCGCGAUAUCACCCUACCCGCAUCCCCGUUAACAAGAGGAACGUCAGAGAUGAUUUAUGAACCGACACUAUCUCUGGACUUGCUACAACUGUCAUCAGUAAUAUCGCAACAUCAAAACCACAGCUUUGAAGGAUUCCAAAUCGCUAAAGCUCCAUCUUAUAAGGAUGAAGACUUCGAGGAGAAUGAGCAGACUCUGGACCAAUUGGAGAUUCAGUUGUACGAGGCCAGUAUGCAAAGACAUGCUAGGAGGCACAUUGUGAGCUCUACUUCACGGGGCCUAUGCUGGCAUGGGACAGCUAUCAGUUGGACUGAUGAUUGUCUGUUACCACUCAAAUUACUGGCAAUUAUAACAACUAUAAUAAGCUGUCUACGAACCAACACACCUUCCAGCUUCCAUCCUAGGACAGAGGAAUCUACGAAUAGAAUUUCAAUACCCUUGACGAACAUGAAGACGUCGGCUCGCAACCAACAACCACAUCAGCAUGUACUAAAAAGAACUACAAGUAUGCAUGCUUCAUCUCAAACACCGUCUGUAACACCGAGAACAUCCACAAACGUCAUCAACAACGAAAAUGGGAAAGAUGCGGGAAUAAUCAAUAAACCAUGUGAGGUUGUAAAAAUUCCUAUCCAAAGAUUGUAAUUUUUAUAACUAGAAUAUCUGAAAGUCUAAAAUUUGAAGAACUGUAAACCAACAGCUAAAAAUGUACUCUCCGAA